GGGACCAGCAGAACGGCAUCCCAGCCUCGUCAGCCACCUUGCUCUGUCUGCUCUCUGCCACAGCCCUGCCCUGUUCCCUGGGACCCCCACUUCCCCUCAGGUGGCCUGAUCUGCCCAGCUUUCCCUGGCUUCUGGCCUCUGGUCAUCCUCUCUCCAAGGCCCCUCCCAGUCUUCCUCUAGAUCGCCUUCCUCCACCUCUCUCUCUGCAGAACUUCUCCUUUCCUCACCCCCCGACACCCCCUUCCUUCUCGGACCUCCGUUUGGAGGGCUCAGCGCUGCCCAGGCCAUAGGAGAGAUGUGGGAGGCUCAGUUCCUGGGCUUGCUGUUUCUGCAGCCACUGUGGGUGGCUCCAGUGAAGCCUCCUCAGCCAGGGGCUGAGGUCUCGGAGGUAUGGGCCCAGGAGGGGGCUCCUGCCCAGCUCCCCUGCAGCCCCACAAUCCCCCUCCAGGAUCUCAGCCUUCUUCGAAGAGGAGGGGUCACUUGGCAGCAUCAACCAGACAGUGCGCCCGCUCCCGUCCCCGGCCAUCCCCCGGCCCCCGGCCCUCGCCCGGCGGCGCCCUCCUCUAGGAGGCCGGGGCCCCGCCGCUACACGGUGCUGAGCGUGGCUCCCGGAGGCCUGCGCAGCGGGAGGCUGCCCCUGCAGCCCCGGGUCCAGCUGGAGGAGCGCGGCCGGCAGCGCGGGGACUUCUCGCUGUGGCUGCGCCCAGCCCGGCGCGCUGACGCCGGCGAGUACCGCGCCGCGGUGCACCUCAGGGACCGCACCCUCUCCUGCCGCCUCCGUCUGCGCGUGGGCCAGGCCUCGAUGACUGCCAGCCCCGCAGGGUCUCUCAGGACCUCGGACUGGGUCAUUUUGAAUUGUUCCUUCAGCCGCCCUGACCGCCCAGCCUCUGUGCAAUGGUUCCGGGGCGGGGGCCAGGGCCGAGUCCCUGUCCAGGAGUCCCCCCAUCACCACUUAGCCGAAAGCUUCCUCUUCCUGCCCCAAGUCAGCCCUAUGGACUCUGGGCCCUGGGGCUGCACCCUCACCUACAGAGAUGGCUUCAAUGUCUCCAUCGUGUACAACCUCACUGUUCUGGGUCUGGAGCCCCCAACUCCCUUGAUAGUGUAUGCUGGAGCAGGUUCCAGGGUGGAGCUGCCCUGCCGCCUGCCUCCUGGUGUGGGGACCCAGUCUUUCCUCACUGCCAAGUGGGCUCCUCCUGGAGGAGGCCCUGACCUCCUGGUGGCUGGAGACAAUGGCAACUUUACCCUUCAACUAGAGGAUGUGAGCCAGGCCCAGGCUGGGACCUACACCUGCCACAUCUGUCUGCAGGGAGAGCAGCUCAGUGCCACUGUCACACUCGCAGUCAUCACAGUGACUCCCAAAUCCUUUGGGUCACCUGGCUCCCUGGGGAAGCUGCUUUGUGAGGUGACUCCAGCAUCUGGACAAGAACGUUUUGUGUGGAGCCCCCUGGACGCACCAUCCCAGAGGAGUUUCCCAGGACCCUGGCUGGAGGCACAGGACGCCCAGCUCCUUUCCCAGCUCUGGCAAUGCCAGCUUUACCAAGGGGAGAGGCUUCUUGGAGUAGCAGUAUACUUCACAGAGCUGUCUAGCCCAGGUGCCCAACGCUCCGGGAGAGCCCCAGGCGCCCUCCACGCAGGCCACCUUCCGCUGCUUCUCAUCCUUGGUAUCCUCUCUCUGCUCCUUUUGGUGACUGGAGCCUUUGGCUUUCACCAUUGGAGAAGACAGUUGCGACCUAGAAGAUUUUCUGCCUUAGAGCAUGGGAUUCACCCACCGCAGGCUCAGAGCAAGAUAGAGGAGCUGGAGCAAGAACCCGAGCCGGAGCCGGAGCCGGAGCCGGAGCCGGAGCCGGAGCCGGAGCCCGAGCCCGAGCCCGAGCCCGAGCCCGAGCCCGAGCAGCUCUGACCUGGAGCUGAGGCAGCCAGCGGAUCUCAGCAGCUCAGUCCAAAUAAACUCCCUGUUAGCAGCA